AAACCUCUGCAGUUCUUUGUAUGCAUUAAAUCAAUCAGCCAGAAUCUGUCUCCAGGUUUGUGCCAGGAGCUGUCCACGGUGCUGGAACUCUAGAGGCAAAAAUCACCUAGAUUCUGCCCUUGAAUUUUUCUAUUCUCUUGAGGGAAAGGAACAAAGUAUCCAUUUGCUAAUAUAUAGAAAAUACGUACAAAGCAAUUGGGUAAGGACACUAAAAAGUAAGGGAAGUGCCCUGGCAUUUGAAAUGAAGGAAGCCAAAAGUUCUAGGAAGCAGAAAUGAGGAAGGCAUACAUUCUAUCUAGCCUCAGUUGAACUAUGGAUACAUGACCCAGGCUUUUGAGUUUUUGUGCUUUGUGUUCCACCCCCACUCUCAACCCUCCUGCCUCCCUCCAGCCUGGAGACCCAGUCUAGAGGCUUUCACCCUGAUCUUCACCAUCACCAACCUGCUGUACACAGAAGACAUGGGGCAGAAGGAUUCCAUCAAAUUCAAGUCCACUGAAAAGAUUCUUCAGAAUAUGGUAAGGGUUGCCACUGCUUUGAUUUGCAAAGUGUUUAUUCUAUUCAAGAAGCUUCCAUUGCUCCUCAUGCCUUUACCUCUAGACAAUACUUAGCUCACUUCCCUUUUCUUCUCUUAUCUAGCUUGGCCCUUUGUUUGAGAACAGCAGCCUUGGUUCCAGUUAUUCCAGGUGCAAACUGACUUUCCUAAGACCUCUGAAGAAUCUGACAGUGACUGAAGUAGGUGUCAUCUGCCUCUAUCAGAGUGAUUCCACUGGUCCCUUCCUGGAUAGAGAGAGGGUUUACUGGGAAUUCAGCAAUCAGACUGGGGGCAUCACUACACUGGGGCCCUAUACCCUCGACAGCAACAGUCUCUAACUCAAUGGUUAUAACCAUCACUUACAAUCUUCCACCUCUAGUAAGUAUUCAUCAACUUCAUGUCUCUAUCUAUCUUCCUGUGACCUGGAAGAAGAAACAAUUGAUAAUCCUACCAAUCCUAUUUACUCUGUUUUUUUUUUGAAAGGGAAGGGAUAGAAGGACCCAAGGGAUGGCCUGUGGUCCCUCAGAAUUUUAAUCCUCACAUUCCAUGGACUACUUAUUUACCAAGCCCAGCAAGAAUCCUUUUCCCCAUAUUCCAUAUUCAAACAUAAUUUUUCUGUGACAUUCAAAUAGCUUUUCCAAGGUUUUCAUUCAAACACCAGUUUGGCAAGGGAAGCCAGCUUGUCAUGGAUUUUAAAGGUCAGGCUAAGGAAUUUUAAUUUAUUACCAGAGGGGAGAGAAAGCUACUAACAACCAAAAAUCCCCUUUCCUUUCUGUCUUGGAAUGACUACUAAAUAUUGGUUGCAAAUCAGAAGAUUUUGGUAAGGACUCUGCAACUGGAGUUAAGUGACUUGCCCAGGGUCACAUAGCUGACACAGAAUCCUGGUGUAGGACUCUUUAGAAGAAGUGAUUGAAAAGUUGUAUUAUGUGUUGAAAAGAUAAUUUAAAGGUAAAUAGUUGCAGUGUAGAUCUCAUUCACUGUUAAGCUUUCAGAGGCAGCAUGGUAUAGUGGGUUAGAGAACAGGCCUCAAGGGUCAAGAGACCAUAGGUAGCUUUGGAAAGCCAGGUCCAGAGAUGGGAGGUUCAAAUCUGGCCCUCAACUUCCCAGCUGUAUGACCCUGGGCAAGUCACUUCACCCCAGUUUCAUAGCCCUUGUCUCUAUUCUACCUUGGAAGUAGUCCUUAGUAGCAAUUCUAAGAGAGAAGAAAAGGGCUUUUGAAAAAAGAGACAUGAAGAGCAGGGUUUGAUUCCCACCUGGGUGACCUACUGGUUAUAUGAUCCUGGGCAAAUCAUUUCAUAGUCCCCAGUAAUGGUAGUGUGAGGCUAUACGUUUCAAAGAAGAUGCUGCUCUGUAUUAGUCAAGACAAAUCUGCCCCCUCCUCUGCUCCAGCUCCUGAAAUCAAUAAAAUGGCAGGUCUGGCCUCCCACUUUUUUGACAAUAAGCUAGAACUCUACUAAGAAAUGGAUGACUUUGCAGAGCAUUCAUGGUGCCUUCUCACUGCAGCUGUCUUUGGCAUGCCUACGUUUGCUAGAUCCUUCACAGUUACCUCCAAUGUGUCCUUUCCCAGGCCCAUACAGAAUGGGACAGCAACCAAAUUCCUGUGUGGCCACUGGAAAACUCCCACCACCCCUAGCCUGGACAGGAAGAAGAUUUAUUGGGAGCUGAGCAAUCAGACCCAAGGUAUCACCAGGCUGGGUGCCUAUACCCUGGACAAUAAGAGCCUCUAUCUCGAUGGAUACAGCUAUCAGAUGAAUCUUUCCUCCUCCACAAGUGCUGGAGGUCCCAACUUUGAGCCUUUCACACUGAAGUUCACCAUCACCAACAUGAGGUACACAGCAGACAUGGGAGAAAGGGGCUCCAGCAUAUUCAUCUUCACUGAGAGAGUGCUGCAGCGCCUGCUCAGUUCCUUGUUUGAAAAGAGCAGCCUUGGCUCUCAGGAUUUUGCAAGCAAAUUGACCUUACUGAGGCCUAUGAAGGAGGGAAGAGCAACCCUAGUUCAUUUCACUUGCAUCCAUCGGAGAGAUCCUGCCAGCCCUGUCCUAGAUAGUGAAAAAACUUACUGCGAGUUGAGCUAUCUGACCUGGAGCAUCACCAGGCUGGGCCCCUACACAUUAGAGAAGGAUAGCCUCUACCUCAAUGGUUACAAUCAUUUGGCCGUGGCCCCCACCAAAAUGCCACCAGACCCAGCAGUAGCACCUGGUUGUCCCCUGUGGGCCACAGAGCCUGGAGGCUCCCAAGCUGCUAGUUUAAGCUUCCAGUCUUUCACCACCAUUCCCGAGGUGCUGUACACAGAAGAUAUGCAUCUUUCUGGAUCUGACAAGUUCAACUUCACCAAAAGAACCCUGCAGCAACCUUUGAAGAAUGGCUCAGCAAGUGGAGUGAGUUGCCUGUGCACACACAAAAGAAACCACAGAAGCUCAUUUAGAGACCAAGAGAAGGUUUACUGGGAAGCAAAAAGAUCAUUUCACUAAGCUGGGCUUUUCCUCCUCCCUUGAAAGAGACAGUCUACUCAAUGAUGAGGAGCACAACAGAAUCCCCAGCCUUUUCCUCUAUCCCCAUGCUACUUUCCCCUCCUCCUGCUAAAUUUCCAUUCUGAUUCUGACCUUAAUGUUCUCUCAAAGAAUCAUUAUUUCUCAAUACCCUUUUAUUACACCAAACACAGAAAAUAAACCCUGCCCCUAUCUA